GAUUUUAACAGGCCUGGCUAGCUGGGAGAAUAGUCUAAAUGUAAUAAAAAAUCACAAAAUUAUGAUUCUAGGCAGAAUUGUGAGCACAUUCUAUGUGUAAAAAUUGCGGACUACUUUAGCACUGCCCAGGAUGCACUACGUGGAGGUACAAUCCGCCUGGCAUCCGGUGGCAGAGAUCAAGACCUCACAGUACGUCACUUCUGUAGUAUUUAGUGAAGUGACUCUUAACCUUUUCUGCCGUGACGUGUUAAUUUAAAUAGUACUUUUCUGGCUCGUAAAAAAACUGGAUGUGUAUUGUCCUUGAAUGUUAAACGUGCUAGAAUUUUUUUUAUCUUUGUAGAACUUGCAUCUAACUCUUGCUCAUAUUUUUGUACAAACGCAUUUAUUUUAAAAUACUUGUAUUUAAUGUAUUUAGCGUAUCUUAUAAUUAAACUUUUAACUGUCUGAUCCAUUCGCAACCCAUCAAAGAUUCUCUAUCUGAAUCCGUAAUGUACUGUCACGCAUGUUCACUUUCCGCCGCGCGGAACCGCGACGCGGAGCAAAAAUGAUGCGAAAGGAAAGGAAGGAUGGACGUUCCUUUAAACGCCUCUCAAUUAUCAUCGAGCGAUCCGCAGGAAUUAUCACCAAACGUUGGGCGCCAGACGCGCGCUUUCGUCGCGUCAACUCACCAAACGAUCACGCGAAAGUACUCCAAGGUUCCGUUUCACGUAACGACGGUAUGCCGCAGGCGAACGAGCGUUCACGCCAGAUGAAGAAAGAGUUAACUUACAUUCCUUUUAUAGAGCAAAUUAACAGCAUGUUUAUCGGAUCGUAGCGCAAAAGAAAGAAAAUAACAAAAAGAAUUAAUAAUAUAAAAGCAAAGAAAUGUAGCGGAAAUGUCGCUUGACGCGCAAAUUACAGAGCUUAAAAAGGAGUAACGGAAAAUAUUCAAAACCAGAAAAUAACUCGAAUUUAACAGAAUUAAUCAAAAGGGGCGAAAGAAACAGCAAGAAUAGAAGAAGGCGUAAAACUAAGGGUAACGAUAAGACACGAGAUUACAAAUAACGCUAGGAUGUAAAAUUAACGCAACAACGCAACGCGGAAUUAACAAUAAGAUUACGACGCGAUAUCAACGGAACGGGAUUAAUAGAGAUAACAAUGACGCAAAAUAUUGGAGGAGCCGAAGCCUCACGCACAAUUCCUUGAACCGCGGCGCGAAUGCGUGAUGCACGCGCUACGAUCCGACAAACACGCACCUCGUGCGUGCAACGAGAUGGCGGCCGUGCUACUGGCCUUCUUUCACGAACGGGUGCUCUUUCCGUUAUUACCGGGGGCCACGAUCCUCGGCGAGCGCGUUCCACGCACGUAACGCUUUGAUACGCGAACUCUAGUCUUCGCGAGCUCUCGGCGGCCCGCUGCGCUUGGGAGUCGAUCACUCGUUCGAACACUAAUUAGUACGUCCACGUAUACUGCACUACACCAAAGAGCUCGACCCCAGAACGCGAGCGCGAUCCGUCGACUCGCGAGUGACUUUACAAUCUCACAAACAUGUCACGGGUAACCUCAAUGGCUUCCAGAUCCCUCCGGGUCCCUGGCAAGGCUCUCGCUCGACACGGGACGUUCGUCCUUCUCUCGCCAUGACAAAUUUCCGAGGACGGUCGGGUUACCGAAAUGUUAGUUAUAACGGCUGGUGUAGAAGAGAGCGAUCGAGACGCGAGGUGCUCGAUCGCACAUCGAUGGUGCUCCCCGCGAGAAGGGUGCGCUACUUGGCUGUGCGUGGCGUCAGCCAAUGAGCGUUACGCGUUACGCGCUUUGCGACAGCUCGCUAUCAACGUACGCGACUCAAUUUCGCAAGGCGUCCUUUGACUGCGGGGCCCUUGAUCCUCCUCCCUUGCUGGCGGCUUCCGUCAUUGUACGAGUAAUUCCGACAUUUUUUUGUAAUUUCUGAAUAACAAAAUACUUACUUGCGCCAAGACUCUGGGACCCAGUUUACCUCGAAUACUCUCUCUCAAUAUUUUAGUCAAGUCCGUGCGAUCCCAUCCUCGUCGCCAAUUUAUUGUGUCCGCGGAAUUUUUAAGGAAGGAAAGAUCUCUCGUGCGACGGUAAGAUUUAUCCAUAAGAAAAAAGAUCUGAUCUGUUUGACAAUACAUUAAUCGCUUAGAGAAUAUCUCGUAACAGAAAAAGAGUCCACGCUACGUACAAUUCACCAUGUGUUCAGUUCGAUAGUCGAAACGAGAGAAAGCGAGCUUUUGUGUCCGCCUGUUCCGAUUCUUCGUCGGCUUUCCUGCUCCGCCUAUGCUCCGUUUUCGCCAAUGACGCGCGCCUAUUUCGCAUUCAAACGCUCGCAUAUAACAAUAAGCUGUGGUGUGGCGUUUUUCUCCCGUCAUAAGGGCCUGGCCGGGAAGAGUCAUUUAGGGCCACGCCGUACCUUGAGGGGAGGCGGCGGCCUUUCUCUUUUUGGCUAAUUUAAUUUAUAAGUUAAUACCGAGCGGAUGGAGUGGUGUGCCAAGACGACCAAUUAUAAAUUGAGGAGCAGCCGUCGAGGGACUGUCAAUGGAGAGCCGAGACGACCGGAGGCGGCGGGGCCUCGGACAGCCGAAGGACCAUAAAUCAGGUCAAGUAUCCAGGGUGUAAAUACACAAGGAAAUUCGUGAGGCAAUCAUUGCCGCUAUGUCUUGUUUUAGAAGGAAAAAAGGAGCCAAACAACCAGAUGCCGCCAGAGACGACGCCGGGGAAAUAGCGUGCGCUCUUACUCCCGUCAGUCAGGGUGGAAGAAACCCCAGCAAGAGCAGUCGUCACGGCUUCGAGGAGUCGGCCGGACGGGGCCUGAUCACUUCCGAGCCGAUCCGGCAGAAGCCAGAACCACAAAGGAGGCCAUCGAGGCAUGCGAGCCGCAGCCUUCAAGUCGCGCAGUGUCACGACCAGAAGCGCCCUCGGACGCUGAGAUCCUGUGGGGAUCUGUGGGGAUUAAUAUUCCUUAAUAUGCAGCGUUGCCAACCGUACGAUAAUUAUCGUACGGGUACGAUAAUUUUACUACUUGUACGAUGUACGAUACUGAACUACUAUCGUACGCUAAAAACACGAUAAUUUAGGGUAUUAGUAUUUAUUUUAAAUUUUUCCAAUAAAAAUUGCUUCAGUUGGAAAUAAGUCUGUUCUUUUCAGCUGACUUCUUGCACUAUUAAUCUUUUUUUUUCUCCAAGUUAAAACGUGAAAGAGGAAAGAUAAAUGGUACAAAAAGUUAAAAAGAACAGACUUUAUGUGUAUUCUUUCCAUUUAUUUCGGAUGAAAACAGAUGAUGAAACUGCAUCUACAUACUGAUUAUCUAUGGCGCGCUGCCAGCGCUGCAAAUGUGUAGUACACGUAAGGUGAACUAUAGAUGUCAGCGCGCUGGCAGCAAUUUUGAAAUACAGCCUCCGUCGUUUUUUGUUUAUAUCAGUUGAUGUUUUGGCUAUAUGGCACUUCGUUAGAAGACUGGUGUCUCUAUUUGAAGAAGUCAAUUAAUAUUUUGUGAUACUGUGAUCUGUAUGAGUGGGUCGGAAAGCCAUAAGAGGACUAGUAAGUUGAUGUUUCGAGGUUCUAACAUUAUAAUCUCAUCAAUUUUGUAAUAAUUCUAACUUUUAUCUGUAAAGCUCGUAUCAGACUAGAGAUCGAGAUUGAGAUUGAAUUGAAAUUUAAUCAAAGCAAAGUUAAUUAAACUUGAGAUUGAUUCUCAUUUUUCUGAUUGCUAUGGUUAAGGGCCCCGCACAGACUUUUACACAACGCAUAACAUAAAUGCUUAAGAAAUUCGAUUGGUUGAAUUUCUUAUGCAUUUUGCUUAUGGACCAAUCAAUUUGCUUAUGUAUAUACGUUAUGCAAAAGUGUGUGCAGGGCCCUUUAAACUCGAUCUCUAGUCUGAUACCGGCUUUAUAGCUUCUGCAGACCAGCGCGAUAUCCUAAGCGUACACAAAUAAGCGAAAAGGCGGUUGCUCAUUAGACAUUGCGCUGGUCUGCCAGAGUCAUUAGAUGUCUACAAAUGAUACAAAUAUAUUUCAAAUAUAUAAAUAAAAAAUAUAUUAUACAAAUUUUGUAUUUACAGGUACAAUCUUACAUACGGACGAAAUAAAAUAUCUAUUGAUAUUUAUAUGAAACUCAAAUAUGGCUGAAUCACUUGAUUAUUUUAAUAACACUUCUGAUUCUGAUGCUGAAAAUGCUUGUCCAAAAAAGAAAAUUAAAAUUAAUAAACCAGGCAAAGCAAAACGCCGAUCCCAAAAAUUUCGAAAAGAAUGGUUGUGUAACAAUGAAUUUAAAUUUUGGUUACGUCCCGUCAAGAACAAUGCAUAUAAGUCUUAUUGUACAUUGUGCAACAUUGAAUUUACUGCAGAAUUAACUGUAAUAAAAAAUCAUAAGGAAAGUGUUAAACACAAAGCAAAAGUAAAGGACAAAGACAACACCAAAAAGGAUAUUGUGAACAAUUUUUUUCAGAUAGAUAGUCCUUUGGAAUUGCAAACGAAAGAAGCAGAAAUUAAAAUUUGUGCCUUCCUUUCAGCUUAUAAUAUUUCUUUUCUAUCAAUAGAACAUUUGACAGAAAUAUUAAAAAACUCUUUUAAAGAUUCAAAGAUUGCUCAAAAUAUGAAAUUAAAAAGGACAAAAGCUACUGCAAUAGUUACAAAUGUUAUUGGAGAAUAUGAAAAAGACAAUAUAGUUGCAUAUUUGAAGUCAGUUAAGUUUAGUAUAUUAGUUGAUGAGACAACUGAUAUCUCUACUAAUAAAACGAUGUGCAUAAUAGUAAGAUAUUAUAAUAGCAAUGCAGAACGAAUUGUAAGUUCCUUUUAUGAACUAUUAGAAGUUCAUAAAUUUUCGUCUGCAUCUACAGCAAAAAAAUUAUUUGAUAUGGUUAUUUCGGCAUUUGAGAAUCGAAAUAUUCCGCUAGAUAAUACAAUAGGUUUUGGAUCUGAUGGUUGUAACACAAUGAUGGGUGAACACAAUUCAGUUGCUAGUCGAUUUAAAGAGCAAUGUCCUGGAAUAGUAAUAAUGAAAUGUAUAUGUCAUUCACUUCAUUUAUGUGCCAGCGAAGCAUGCAAAAAACUACCUCAUACUUGUGAAGAUUUAGCCAGAAAUAUACAUAACUUUUUUAAAAAUAGUUCUAAAAGGAUGAGUGAAUAUCAAGAGUUUCAACAAUUUUGCAAUAUUGAAAUACACAAACUACUUCAUCCAUCUCAAACACGAUGGUUAUCCUUAUUGGCAGUAGUAAAUAGGAUAAUCGAACAAUGGCCCGCAUUAAUUUUGUUUUUUAAUGAAAAAUGGUUGCAAGAAAAAUUAAUUUCAGCAGAACAAGUAUUUAAAGCAUUAAACAAUCCCUUUAUACAAUUAUAUUAUUAUUUUUUACAAUGGAUAUUGCCCAAAAUUAUAUAUAUGAAUGAACUCUUCCAAAGUGAAAAAGUUUUAGUAGCACAUAUGCAUCAGAAAAUGGUCGAAACUUAUACCGAUCUUUUAUUAUGUUUUAUGAAACGAAAUUAUGUUCUUUCUAAACCCAUUACGGAAAUAGACCCUACAGAUUCUUCAAAAUUUCUUGAAAAACCUAACCUUUAUUUGGGAAUUAAAGUAAUGAAUGCUAUUUCUAACAAGGAAAUUCAAAAUAGAAAAGAUAUGUUAGUUAUUUUUUAUGAGAACGUUUUGAAUUUUAUGAAAACCAUUUGUAUGGAAAUUAAGAAAAGGUAUAAUUUUGACGAUAAAUAUAUGUCUAUGUUAAAAAUAUUUACUCCAAAAGUGGCAAUUUCAAAUAAUGCAAGAGAUCAGUAUCCUACUCUGUUACCUCUUUUAAAUCACUUUUCUAGAUUUACUGAAAAAGAUAAGUUCCAAGAGAUUGAUGAUGAAUGGAGAAAUUUACCUUUGUUACAGCUUUCAGAUAAUAUCUUAGAAGUUGAAAUAGAUGUAUUUUGGGUUCAUAUUUUGAAAUUAAAUGUGGCUAAUUCUUUAUCAAAAUUUGUCUUAAAUAUUUUGAGUCUUCCGCAUUCCAAUGCUCAGUGUGAGAGAAUAUUUAGUAAAAUUAAUUUAAUUAAAACAAAAACUAGAAACAAAUUAAAUAUCUCCACAAUAAAUGGGACAUUACUUGCUAGUCAAAAUGUGAAAAAAAACACAUUAGGUUCUUGCUCGUGCAUAAAUUUUACACCGUCAAAAAAUAUGUUAAGUAAAUUUUCACAAAAAAUGUAUGAUUUUAACCGUGAUGAUGACAAUGAAGUCAUUUUUGAAGACUGUACUUAAGCUAAUUAUAAGAAUUUUCUUUAAGUCAAGUUCUAUUAAUGCAAUAAUUGAUGUAAUAUAUAUGAGUUUUUUGUUUUAAAAAGUUUUAAUACGUAAUGCUGUUACGAAUAAAUAUAAAAUAUAUUUUUAUAUUUUGUAAAAUAUAUUUACAAUAAACAUAUAUAUAUAUAAUUGUAUUAUAUUAUUUUUAGUUUUUUAUUAGAAUACAAUUACUUUAUUCCGCAGCAGAGCCUUCUUAACUAUAAUUUAUGAUUUGAAAUUAAUAAGUUCCUUGCAUUUUGCAUGUAAUAAUAAAAUCUAAUCAGACAUAUACAUACACAA